CACCCAGAGCCCAGAAGCCCAGCCAGCACUGUCAGGGACCUUGUGACCCAGCCCCAGCCAAGAUGUGUGAAGAAGAGGACAGCACUGCCCUGGUGUGUGACAAUGGCUCUGGGCUCUGUAAGGCCGGCUUUGCUGGGGAUGAUGCUCCCAGGGCUGUUUUCCCAUCCAUUGUGGGGCGUCCCAGACAUCAGGGAGUGAUGGUGGGAAUGGGACAAAAAGACAGCUACGUGGGUGACGAAGCACAGAGCAAAAGAGGCAUCCUGACCUUGAAGUACCCUAUAGAACACGGCAUCAUCACCAACUGGGACGACAUGGAGAAGAUUUGGCACCACUCUUUCUACAACGAGCUCCGUGUCGCCCCUGAAGAGCACCCAACCCUGCUCACCGAGGCCCCCCUGAACCCCAAGGCCAACAGGGAGAAAAUGACCCAGAUUAUGUUUGAGACGUUCAAUGUCCCAGCCAUGUACGUGGCCAUCCAGGCGGUGCUGUCCCUCUACGCCUCUGGACGUACAACUGGCAUUGUGCUGGACUCGGGAGAUGGCGUCACCCACAACGUGCCCAUCUACGAGGGCUACGCCCUGCCCCACGCCAUCAUGCGCCUGGACCUGGCUGGCCGCGAUCUCACCGACUACCUCAUGAAGAUCCUGACGGAGCGUGGCUAUUCCUUCGUGACUACAGCUGAGCGUGAGAUCGUCCGAGACAUCAAGGAGAAACUGUGCUAUGUAGCUCUGGACUUUGAAAACGAGAUGGCCACUGCUGCGUCCUCCUCCUCCCUGGAAAAGAGCUACGAGCUGCCGGAUGGGCAAGUGAUCACCAUUGGGAAUGAGCGCUUCCGCUGCCCGGAGACCCUGUUCCAGCCUUCCUUCAUCGGGAUGGAGUCGGCUGGCAUCCACGAAACCACCUACAACAGCAUCAUGAAGUGUGACAUUGACAUCAGGAAGGACCUCUAUGCCAACAACGUCCUGUCCGGGGGCACCACCAUGUACCCCGGCAUUGCUGACCGCAUGCAGAAGGAGAUCACGGCCCUGGCGCCCAGCACCAUGAAGAUCAAGAUCAUUGCCCCUCCGGAGCGCAAAUACUCUGUGUGGAUUGGCGGCUCCAUCCUGGCCUCUCUGUCCACCUUCCAGCAGAUGUGGAUCAGCAAACAGGAGUACGAUGAAGCUGGCCCAUCUAUUGUCCACCGCAAAUGCUUCUAAAAUCCCCCCCUGCUCUCUGUUCCCAGCACACAACUGUGAAUGUUUUGUGGAAGAAUGCCUGCAGUUCUUCUCCAUAUCAUUCCUUGCCAAAGCUCUGACUUGUUGCCUAGGUGUUUUUUAAUAAAUCUGAAAUAUGUUAC